UUUAUUUUAAAUUUAAAUAUUUUGUUGUUAUAUUUUAAAAUGUAGAUAGAGGGCGCUGUGGAAAGAAUCCGAUUGUCGCCGGGCAACUUUAAACAAUUUGAAACACGAGAAAUACAACAAACAAUAAAUGUCAGUUGGGUUUCAAAGCAUAAAUUUUAUUUACAUCGAAGGAUAUUAAAGUAUUAUGGAAAUGGAAAAGGAUUUAAAAUACAUUCCAGGAAUGACAAUGACGAAGGGAGAACCAGGUGUUGUUAAAGCAUUAAGAAAAGUAUAUAAUAAAAUGUGUCAAUUAGAGUUGGAAAAACAACAAGCUAAAGAAAAUUAUAAUUAUUUUUCUUCUAAGAAAGAUGCUGAAGUUCAAACACUAAUAGCUCUAAAGAACCAAGUAUCAUCUUCAGAAUCACGUUGCAAGUUGUUAGAACUACAGUUACGUCAUCUUCGAAAUUGUUUAGCACCCUUACUUAAUAAAACUAGUGAAGAUGAAAGUACUACAGAGGUAAAGAUUGCACAUACACCUAAUGAAUCUUAUGUAAGUAAAUAUUAUUCAAGAAGAACUGUAUCAAAAUCUCCAGAACUGUUUAGAAAUUCUUCUGAUAAAGAAAGUGAAAAGGAUAGAGUUAAGAAAAGUGAUGUGUUAAAAGAUAUUCAUAAAUUGCAUAAACUAGAAAAAUAUUACUCAAAAGAUGUAUUGUCAUCAGAUAAUGAAAUAACAAAAGAUACUGCAGAAGGAUUUUUAUCUAGUUCACUUGCUGAAAGUUCAAAUAUAGAUGCACAAAAAUUGAAUAAGAGACUUCCGACAAAAGAAUCAGAAAAUAUGAUAUCAAAGAUUUUAUUAGAUAUAAAUAAAGGAAAGAAAAAACUAUCAAGACAUCCCUAUAGUAAGUCAGUUGGCAAAGCAAGUAAAAUUAGGGCUUGUGCAAGUAAUAAUGUGCCUUUCAUUUUAGGAAAAAGUGCAUCAAAAAGUUAUUCAUUGCCUGCAAAUAUACAACGUGUUUUAGCACUAUUAAAAACUUAUAACAUAAAACUUCCUAGUUCUCAAAAUGAUACUGAAAUUGUAAAAAGUUAUUGGCUACACACACAGUCAGCUUUGGCCAACAUUGAUAAAUUUGCUAAAAAGUAUGGAAAAGGAUUAAAUUCAUUAAGACAAGACAUCAGAGAUGUGAUUGCACAAUUAGAAGAAGAAAAAUGUGAAUUGAUAGAAUCUUAUGAGCAAUGUCAGAAAUUAAUAUCAGAUGUUAAUAAUGAAAAAUUAACUGAAGAACUGAAGCCAGAAUUAAAUAAUAUUAAUCAUCAACUUCAUUCAAAAAAGAAACAAAUUGAACAGCUGACUGCACUUUUGUAUAUGCUGGGAAGUACCACAAGGCAGAAACGUUACCGAACACAGUCCACCACCAUCAGGAAAGACAAACCCGGACAUGUUUAUGUUACAACAGAAAUUUUGACCAGACCGAGGAGUAAAACUGUAGAAAUACAAACCUCAACAAAAGUGUCGAAGAUGCUGGAAAUCUGUGAAGAUCCUGCCGUGAAUCCCAAUCGUAGACUUUUACAAGAACUUCGUAACAUUCAACAGAAUUUACAGAAAAAUAAAUAACGAAACUAAAUUGAAUUUGCAUGACUUAUGAAUUUUCAAUACAAUUUUCAGAAGCUAGCAAAUAUAUUUCCUUUAGAAAUAAUGGGCAACUAAUUUUUGUAUCUUUCUACUUCUAAAAGUGUUUAUAUUUUUCAGUUAUACAAAUAUAUACUUUAUAUACAUAUAUAUAUAUGUACUAAAAGCCUAAAUGAUAUGAAUUUAAGAAUCCCACAAAUAUUGUUCAUGUUUUAAAACAUUUAAAUAUUUAUAUAAUAGUUUUAAUUAUUUUAUAUUUUGGUAUUUGAU